CAGUGCAGCCAGACACCACCAGCAGCAGCAGCAGUAGCAUCAGCAUCACAGUUCAGCUCUGAGGAGGAAACGCACAAACCCCCAUCUGGCCAUAUUGUGCAGCGGCUUUUCCGCAAAUCGACUGCGUCACACACACACACACACACACACAUACAUACGAACAUACGCGCACACAUACACAGAGACAGCACCUCAGACGGAAGGCAAAGAUUUAAGGUGACUGACUGCUGAGCGGGUUUGGCGUCUUGCAUUGGGAAAAAUGGUCAAACUGGGGAAUAAUUUCAGCGAGAAAACCAACGGGAAGGUGGUUUGUGAAGAUGGAUUUGACACCAUUCCACUGAUCACACCGUUAGAUGCCAGUCAGCUGCAGUUCCCUCCACCAGAUAAGGUGGUGGUGAAAACAAAGGCAGACUAUGAAGGUGAGAGCAAGAAAGCCAAGUUACGGUCUCCAAAAAUUGCGGAGUUCUCCAUCAGCAUCAUCGAAGGCGUAUCUGAGCGACUCAAAGUGACCUUGCUGGUGAUCUGCGCCCUGGCCUUUCUGGUUUGCGUGGUGUUCCUGGUUGUCUACAAGGUCUACCAGUACGAGCAGCCCUGUCCUGACAGCUUUGUCUACACGCAAGGGCGCUGCAUGCCUGCUGGCAUGUACGACAACUACCCCCCUCAGGGACCUGGGGGCCGUGGGCGUCUCUUUACCCUCAUUAACCACUACAACAUGGCCAAGCAGACCAUCACGCGCUCCGUAUCGCCAUGGAUGACCAUCAUGUCCGAGGAAAAGGUUACCCAGCAAGAGAUGGAGACGGCACAGAAGCUGGCUUAAGCGAUCUGGGGGCUGAGGAGGCGGCCUGUGCUGCUGCGGAAAAGAAAAUAAAUAAUAUGGUUGUGCCAUUCAAGCAAACCUUAGAGUCCAGUGGCUUUAAGGGAAGGGGAAAAAACAGCUUCUCUUUCCUGAGGUGCAGUGCUGUGUUGUUGAUGUUAAUGUGGUCAGCUGACGUGUACUGUCGCAGGAAAUGUGUGGAAAUUUAAACAUGUUUUUCAGCCGACUGGGGCUUUCAGUCUGGUGGAUUCGUGGUUUGUUUGAAUAGCACGUGUUAUUAUUUAUUUACACUUUACAGAACAUAGUGGCAAAUGAGUAGAAAAAAGCCCCAAACACACACACACACUUGCUAUCUUUGUACAUAAACAUGUGUAAGAAAAGUUACUUUAGUACUCUGAUUGUAAAACGACUGUGAACCAUCCUGUGUCUGCGUCGCUUGUCUUCACCCACAUGCACGCAUGACUCUAAUAAUAAUAUUAACAAUAUUGACAACACAAUUUGACACCUUUUCAUUUCAAGAACGUUGGUUUCUGACCGUGCAUGUCUGACAGCUUGAAGUCCAGGAGUUCGUGGCCCUAUUGUUGCACAGGUCACAGUUAUUACAACACCGUACUGAACAUUAUAAACAAGGGUUGAACGAAAGAAACAUUUUAA